UCAAUUAUAAUUAUUUUUUUUGGUGUCAUAAACAACAAUAUGAAAAUGUUAAUUUUUAUAUAUAAUGAACAUAAUAUUUGAAUUACCUUUUGAUCCAAAAUUUUAGCUAUUAUUAAUAUUAGUAUGAAUUUUUAAUAUAAUAUUAUGUGAAGAUAUUUUUCAUAAGUAUAUUAUGUAAAUUUUUAUAAUUUUCAUUUAGUAAAUCAUCUUUUAGUUUAUUUUUUUCACUUCGAUAUUCACAUUGAAAUAAUGAGUUCGUAUAAUGAAGGACAAACAGAACUUGCUUACAGAACUAUGUUGGGAAGUUUUCGGACUCAUGAUUUACAGGCAUUAUUAGGAGCAUUUGGUCGAAAUAAAGCAGGUCGUAAAUCUGAGCUUAAAGAACGUGCUCUAGAUUUAUUAAGAAAUAGACCUGUUGGUUUCAAUUAUCAUGCUUAUCUAACAAAAAUAACAGAAAUAUUUCGUUCAAUACAAAGUGAUAUACCUAUAACAAAUAAUGAUAUGAUGCGUAACAUGAUGCAAAGUCAACAACAACAUAUGAUGCCAAUGAAUAUGCAGCAAUCCCAACAAUCCCGAAUGUAUCAGCCUCAGCAAUUCACACAACAAGCCAUGCAUUUAUCAAGAACUGGUCUACCACAAGUGAUUCCUCAAAUGCAAAGAGGAAUGUAUGGAAGUAAUAACAUGCAAUAUGGCUAUCAAACACCUGGAUCUCGGGGGAUUGUAUCACAAGUAUCAACAAAUCAACAUUUGGUUAAACAAGAUGUUGGGUCGUAUGAUAUCAAUACAGCUAAUAAUAUGUAUAAUCAAGCUACUCAUUCACAAGUUAAUGUUAAAUUAAAAAAAUUACCAUUUUAUGAAGUUAUUAGUGAAGUUGUUAAACCUACAACUUUGAUUGGCCAAGAAAGAUGUUCUUUACAAAAUGUUCCUAGAGGUAUGAGAGAAUCAUCUUUUAAACUUUUAUUACUGCCUGAGCAUGCUACACAUAUUGCUAUGAACCGUGAUAUAUCAAAUGGAAAAAAUGAAUAUUUAUAUCAAAUGCAAAUACGUAUUUGUCAACUAGAACCAGGUCCUGAAAUCUCAGAUUUCAUGCCCUUAGGUCUUCAUAUUCGUGCAUGUGGUAAAGUGUGUCCAUUACCACCAAAUGCUCCUAACACUCGACCUGGAACUGAAUCAAGACGUACUCCAAGGCCUAUUAACUGUACUCAACUUCUCAAAUUAAAUCCCAAUAUUAUUAACACUAUUACUAUCAAUUGGAUUCCUGAUGGUAAAACUUAUGUCUUAGGAAUAUAUUUAGUUAAAAAAUUAAGUUCAGAAACUUUAUUAUCAAGACUUCAAGAAAAAGGUGCAAGAAGUUCAGAGGAAACAAAAAAUAAUAUUAUUAAAAAAUUAGCUGAUGUAGAUCCAGAUUUAGCUACUACAUCAUAUCGUUUCUCAUUAGUUUGUCCUUUAGGAAAAAUGAGAAUGACAAUUCCAGCCAAAUCCAUUAAUUGUGAUCAUUUACAGUGUUUUGAUGCCAGUAUAUUUAUUUUAAUGAAUGAAAAAAAACCCACAUGGAUGUGCCCUACUUGCAAUAAAGCUUGUUUAUAUGAUGAUAUAAGAAUUGAGUCGUAUUUCUUAGAUGUAGUUACAAGUCCUUCUCUUCCUGACAAUUGUAAAGAAAUUGAAAUAAUUGCAGAUGGUACUUGGAGAGUUUUUGAAGAACGAAAUAAAACCAAACAUUUAGAAAAUACUCCUAAAGAUAAACCUAUUGAUUCAGUUAAUUUGGAUGAUAGUGAUGAUGAUGACACUGUUAAACCAGAUGAAUCCAAAAAUGAACCCAAAGAAAAACCUUCACAAGUUUCUAAAGAACCAGAAAAAUUAAAUACAUUUGUAGAUUUAACUAUAAGUGAUGAUGAAGAUAUGCCUUUACAAAAAGAAAAACUGGAAAAUGAAGCACAAGCUAUUGAUGCAGAAGAACUAGCCCCUAUAGUUGAAAUAUCAAAGCCAACAGCUCUUGUUCAACCACGACAGGCUGUCACAAGUUCUGAACAGAGUAUUAUUGAAAUUGAUAGCCCUUCACCGCCUGCUAGUCCAUUAGCUAGUCGCGAAAAGUCUAAAAGUCCAACACCAACCUGUAUUGACACUGACAAAACACCUGAAACUAGUCUAAAAGAUAUUCUUGUUUCCAGAAAAUCUUCACCUCCUAAUGCAGCAUCUGACGUCAAUGACCAUAAUUCUACUGUUUUAAUUCCAACCACUAUUGAUAAUCAAUCAACUAGUUCUUCAAAUUUUAAUACACCUAUUCUAGAUUAUGUGCCUACUACAGUUAUAAUGACUAAUCCGUCAAGUACAAUAUGUAUGCCAACAAGCCCUAUACCAACUAAUCCUACAAUUACUAAUCCAUCAAAUACUUCUCCUCCAACUAUUUCUUCACCAAUAAAUUCUUUGCCUACUACAUAAAUUUCUUAAAUAUUAUUUAGUACUGUUUAAUUUAUAAUAUAUUUAUGUAUUUUUCAUCUAAAUUAAUAAUUUUUCUUUUUUUUGAAAUUAUUGUUUUAGGUAUUGACAUUUAUUCUUGGAAAAAUUUUAAAUUUUAUAAAAUUACUAUAAUUAAAUACCUUUUUUAAUUAAAA